AUGCAGCGGCAGCAGCAUGCAGCGGCAGCAGCGGGAGUAGCAGCAGCACAAGCAGCAGAAGCAGCAUUAGCAGCUGUGGAAAGAGAAGUGGUGCGGCUGCUGGAGAACAACAAGCAGCACGCUGAAAUGCUGCAGCAGCAGCAGCGUCUGAUCGUGCAGCAACAAGCGAUAAUAUUAAGCAGCAACACGCUUGUUGCUCCCGCUGCUGUUGCUGCAGCAAACGCUCAGCUGGCAGCAGCAGACGCUGCUGCUGCCGCUCAGGCGCAGGCGCAGCUUCCAGCAGCAGCACCACAACAGCAGCUGCAGCAGCAGCCACAACAGGCUGCAGCAGCAGCUGCAGCAGCAACAGGUGAAGAGCAAAUCUCUGCUGCGUCUAAAGAGACAGUUGCACGCGUUUUAGGCGAGCUGCUGCAGUCCGCCAUUCAUGGCCGGCCUGCCGUGAAUGCAGCAGCAUAG